GGUGCUGAACCGGCGCGAGUCUCCAAGGUCUGAAGUUUGCCUGAAAGACGUCAGCCCUCAAAGCCAUCUUCCAGUACAUCGACGACAAUCAGGACAGCUAUGUCAAGAAACUUGCAGAAUGGGUGGCCAUCCAGAGCGUGUCCGCCUGGCCAUAGAAGAGAGGGGAGAUCAGAAGGAUGAUGGAGGUGGCCGCCGCGGAUAUCCAGAUGCUGGGGGGCUCCAUAGAGCUGGUGGAUAUCGGAAAGCAGAAGCUCCCCAGAUGGCUCAGAGAUACCCCUUCCUCCCGUUCUGUUGGGUAAGCUGGGCAGCGAUCCCCAGAAGAAAACGGUGUGCAUUUAUGGGCACCUGGAUGUGCAGCCUGCGGCCCUGGAGGAUGGCUGGGUCAGUGAGCCCUUCACCUUGGUGGAACGGAAAGGCAAGCUGUAUGGGAGAGGCUCCACGGAUGAUAAGGGGCCAGUGGCUGGCUGGAUGAAUGCCCUGGAAGCCUAUCAGAAGACUGGCCAGGAAAUUCUGGUCAACCUGCAGUUCUGCCUGGAAGGCAUGGAGGAGUCUGGCUCUGAAGGCCUGGAUGAGUUACUUUUUGCCCAGAAAGAUAAGUUCUUCAAAGACGUGGACUACUUCUGCAUUUCUGACAACUACUGGCUGGGGAAGAAUAAGCCGCCGUGCAUCACCUACGGCCUCAGAGGCAUUUGCUACUUCUUCAUUGAGGUGGAAUACAGUGACAAAGACCUCCAUUUUGGGGUAUAUGGUGGCUCAGUGCACAAGGACUUGACGGAUCUCAUUUCACUGAUGGGAUGCCUGGUAGACAAGAAGGGGGAAAUCCUCAUCUCUGGCAUCAACGAAGCCGUGGCUCCUGUGACAGAUGAUGAGUGUGAGCUCUAUGACCACAUUGACUUCGACAUGGAAGAGUUUGCCAAGGAUGUUGGGGCUGUGACCCUUCUGCACAGCUGCAAGAAAGACAUCCUGAUGCACAGAUGGCGGUACCCGUCCCUGUCCCUCCAUGGAAUCGAAGGGGCCUUCUCUGGUUCAGGGGCCAAGACUGUGAUACCCAGAAAGGUGGUCAGCAAGUUCUCCAUCAGGCUCGUGCCGGACAUGGUGCCUGAGGCCGUCAACGAGCAGGUUUCAAGCUACUUGUCCAAAAAGUUUGCUGAACUGCAGAGCCCCAACAAAUUCAAGGUGUACAUGGGCCAUGGUGGGAAGCCCUGGGUAUCUGACUUCAACCAUCCCCAUUACCAGGCUGGUAGAAGAGCCCUGAAAACAAUGUUUGGCGUUGAACCUGACUUGACGAGGGAAGGAGGCAGUAUUCCUGUGACCCUGACCUUUUAGGAGGCCACAGGCAAAAAUGUCACGCUGUUGCCCGUGGGGUCAGCAGAUGAUGGGGCCCACUCCUAGAAUGAAAAGCUCAACAGGCACAACUACAUAGAAGGGACCAAGAUGCUGGCAGCUUACCUGUAUGAGGUGUCUCAGCUGAAGAACUGAGAAGUCUCGUUUUCUACAGAGUGCUUCCUGCCCAGGAAUGAUCUGCCCUUUGCCCCCUCUUCCUUCCAGCUUUCUUUGAAAAGCGGAAGUUUCUUUUCUCUGUCUCUCGGGUUACAGGCAGACUUGCAGGAA